AUGAACAAUUCAAAUUCUAUAAUUGCAUUGAUAUGUGAAAUGUUGAAAACUUCUAAACUCAUCCUAUCAACACAUAAUUAUAUGUGGUUAAAAUUUACUAUAAAAUUUAAUUCAAUUAAAGGAUUUCAAGCUAACUAUUCAACGAUUGAUAUAACAUGUGGUGGUAUUUUGAAGGAACCAUCUGGUAUCAUAUUUUCGCCGAAAAAUCCAGAAAAAUAUUUACACCAACAAAUGUGUAAAUGGGUUAUAUCUGUAAAUGAAUCUAGUUUAGUACAAAUAAAUUGGUUAUCUUUUUCAUUAGAUAGCAAACUUACUUGUUAUAAUGAUUAUGUUGAAAUAUAUGAUAAUAGUGUUCAAGGAAAUGCAUCGAAAAUUGCUAGAUAUUGUGGAAAUAAAGUACCACCAGUAUUGACUUCAUUAGGUAAUCGUUUAACAAUUGUUUUUCAAACUGAUCAUUUAGGAGCACUAGAUGGUUUUAUGUUAAAUUAUACUUCAUUAAAUAAAGCACAAGAGUGCGGUGGAAAUUUUUUCACCCUAGAAGGUUUUAUUAUGUCACCAAAUUUCCCAAAUAACUAUCCUGCACGAAAAGAUUGUACAUGGACUAUAAAUGUACCAAUUUCAAAUCAAAUUGAACUAAACAUUACAAAAUUUUUUCUUGAAGAAAGUUUGAAUUGUGAAUUUGAUUAUGUUGAAAUACGAAAUGGAGGAUAUUCUACAUCGCCGUUAAUUGGGAAAUAUUGUGGAUCUAAAAUUCUUCCUAUUAUCUCUUCAAUUGGAAAUUCACUUUUUAUACGAUUUGUAUCUGAUGGAACUUUUACAAGUAAAGGGUUUUUUAUGCAAUGGUAUACAGUUACCAAAGGUUGUGGUGGAACAUUGAAUUCUGGUAUUGGCCAUAUCGUAUCUCCUAACUAUCCACUGCCUAUAAUAGAAACAUUAGAAUGUUUUUACAAGAUUACUGUGUCACAAGGAAGUAAAAUCAAACUUAGUAUAUUAGAUCUAGAAUUAGUAACAGAUAAUUCUCCUGGAUUAUUGUGCAAAGACGAUUUUUUGAAGUACUUUUAUGAUGGUGAAAGCUCUACUAAUAAAUUAUGAACAUUUUGUAAAGAUACUAAUGUAUCUCAUUUACAUUCCACAUCAAAUCAAAUGUAUAUUAAAUUUAGAAAUAGUGGUUUUUCUAAUGGUAGAGGUUCGUUGAAAUAUACUACUGAUUGUAUUGUAACUUUAAAAGGAUAUCAAGGUGCGAUUGAAUGCCUAACAGAGAAUACAAAUGCAGAUAAAUGUGUUUGGACAAUUGCACCUAAAGGAAGUACAAUUAAUAUAUAUCCUGUAUCGCAUUUCUUUCAUGAUCUUUCAAGUUUUCGUUUUCGGUUAACCUCUGAUGAUUAUUAUUAUCAUCAUUGCGAGGAUACUAAGUUAUUUAUUACUGAAGGAACAGAUAGGAAUAAAAUGAACACCGUUUUGUGGAAAAAUAAUUGUUCCAUAGAAACUCAUUCUGUAAUAUCUUCAACUAAGAACAUUGUUGAAAUUACUUUAUUAUUUAAGGAUAUUUAUGAUAAUUUUCGUAUCGAAUGGAUAGUAAAUGGUUGUGGUGGUGUGUUAAAUAAAUUGCAAGGAGAAUUUACAUCACCUGAAUAUCCUAGAUAUUAUAGUUCUAGUACUACUUGUGAAUGGAAUAUUAUCGUCGAUUAUGGAUAUAUUAUAGAGAUAACAAUACAAGAUAUAUGGUUUGAAACUUCAGGAUCUUGUUUAAUUGAUUAUAUAGCUUUUUAUAGUGGGUAUGAUGAUUCUGGUAUAGAAUUAUUAAAAACAUGUCACAAACAAAUAAGCCCAAUUACAUUAACGACUAGUGGAAAUGAAGCUUUCGUAAGAUUUGAAUCAGGCGAAGAUGCUCAGAGAAAUCGUUUCAAAGCUACGUAUAAAAGAAUUGAAUCGAAAUGUGGUGGAAAAUUUACUGCUCCUCAAGGAGUUAUUCAUACUAACAAUUAUCCACAAAACUAUGAUUCUAACAGUUCUUGUAUGUGGUAUAUUGAGAUUGCAAAAACACAUUUAAUUAAUUUUACAUUCGUUGACUUUAACACUCAAAGUUCUAAUUCAGGAAACAAAGAUAUUGUUCUAAUAUACGAUGGCGAUAUUCAUGGGAAAUUACUCCUUAAUCAUUCUGGAAAUAGUAUACCACCUCCGGUUAUAUCUUCAUCUAAUAUACUCCUUGUAUCCUUUGUAGUUGAUAAACAUGACUUCCAAGCAAAAGGGUUCAAAGCAAUAUAUUCUACGGCUUGUGGUGCAAAAUUAAUAACAAAUGAUUCAGGAAUUAUUACUAAUAACCCAUAUUUUACAAAUGGCGUAUCUGAGAACUGUACUUGGAUUAUUAUAUCUGAUAUUCCACAGUCAAAAGUCACAUUAACGUUUACUCAUAUUGAUAUUGUACAUUACUUAGAAAAUAUUACGAAAAAUUCAAAUAUAACUAAUUACCCCUGUUCUAAUGAUUUAUUUCACACAAUUUUUCGAAUUUUGGAUGGUCCUGAUUCUGAUGCACCUGAAAUAACUAAAUUUUGUAAGUCGAAUCCAAUACCACCACCUAUUGUUAGUAAUGGGCCGGCUAUGCGUAUAGAGUUCACCGAUAACUCUGCUGCGUAUGAUUCAUUUAAUGCUUUGUACUCCGUAAGAUCAAUAGCCUGUGGUGGAACUUAUGAUUCACUAAGAGGAACGAUUUCUUCGCCCAACUAUCCAAAUAAUUAUUUCAGAGACUCUGAAUGUGUUUGGAUAUUAAAGUCUUCUGUCGGAAAUCGUAUAUCUUUGAAUUUCAUUGUUUUUGAAUUAGAAGAAGACGAGUUUUGCAAUGAAGAUUAUGUAGAAAUUAGAGAAGGAGAUUCUAUGGGUCCAGUCUUGGGUGUUUUUUGUGGACCAAAUUUGCCAUCUAAUAUCACUUCGGGUUCAUCCCUUUGGGUCAAAUUUCGUUCCAAUUCUCUUGGCUCAGCUAAAGGAUUUACUGCAGAUUUUAAAUAUGCUACUGGAAUCUAUAAGUCUCAGCAGUCUGGUGAAAUUUCUAGUCCAUUGUAUCCCAGAACAUACAGAGAUAGUGAUGAUUAUUCGUGGACAAUAACGGUAGAUCAAGGAAAAAGAGUUCAAAUUUUGAUUAAUGACUUAAUUUCUACUUCUGAUAUUCACGAAUUAAAAAUAUACGAUGGAAGUGAUGUUGAAACAUUAAUUUUAUUUGGAUCAAGUUCUACAGAUUAUAAUUUAGUAUUAAAUGAGGCUAUUACAUCAACCGAUAACACUGUUUUCAUACGACUAACAGCAGGCGAUACAAGAAUUGGAGGGAUACGGUUUUUACUAUCGUGGACACAAAUAGAUGGACUAAAUUUGAACACACUUUUACCAAUGUCGACAUUUAAAUUUGAAAAUACAAGUUUUGACUAUUAUUUAUCACCGAACUCUAAUACAAAUGUAACUAUUACAAGUCCUGGUUAUCCUUAUGGUUACGCACCGAAUUUAAAUGUUACUUGGACUAUACACACGGAAUCACAUUAUCAUAUUGAUAUUGAAAUUAUUGACAUAGAUUUUUAUCCCAUUCGUUCGUCUUCAAAUAUGUAUAGUGGAGAUUAUCUUGAUGUAGUAACUGUCGAUCCUGAUACGAAAAAUACAGUACUGUUGAAAACAUUUUAUACACAUAUAAAUCAAAUUAAUGAUAUGAAUAUAGUUGGUAAGAAUAAAGUAGUAUUAACUUUCAUUUCGAACGAGUUAUUUAAUGGUACAGGAUUUAAAGUUGAAGCAAAAUUAAAAUGUGGAGGUCAAUUACGAGGACCAACAGGAGUCAUUAGUUUAUCUAAUACAACAAUUUUUUUUGGGUCACCGUACUUGUAUCAACUUCAUUGCACUUGGAAUAUCACUGUACGACCGGGAAGAACAAUUUUAGUGAAACUUAUGACCAUAAAGUUAUCUCCACAUAAUUUAUGUGUAGAUAAUUAUGUUUUGUUGAAAAAUGGAUUUUACAAUGAUUCGUCUUUUAUUGGAAAAGGUAAAUACUGUAAUGAAUUUGAAGAAUCUGAUGAAUCAACAUUAUCUACUACUGAUAAUAAGUUACAGAUUAAUGCUGUUCUAGUUAAAGGAGAUAUAAUUAAAAUAGCAUAUGAAGAAAAGUCAAUUAAUUGUGGUGGACAAAUUUACUUGAACGAUGUAUACAAUAUCACCCAAAUCACAUCUCCUUCAUAUCCAAAUAUACCUCCAGCACACAUAGAAUGCAUUUGGACGGUAGUUGUACCAACUGGCGAACGGAUAUCUGUGACCAUUGAAGACUUAGAUUUCUCUGUUAGUGAAAUAUGUGAAAUAGAAUAUUUGGAAUUCAGAGAUGGUGCAGCUCGAUUUUCACGAUUAAUUAAUCAUAUUUGUCAGAGUUCAGACAUUCAAGAUAUCGAAACUACAGACAAAUUUUUAUUUAUUAAAUAUUUCACAGAUUUAACUAUACCCAGCAAUGGUUUUAAACUGAAUGUAUCUAUAGCGAAAUGUGGAGGUACUCGACGUGCAUCUCAAGGUAUAAUAUCGUCGCCUAAGUAUCCCAGUUCAUACGAAUCGAACAUGGAUUGCGAGUACAAGAUUAUUGCUGGACCCGAUAUGCAAGUUGUAUUGAAAUUAGAGACAGUGAAUCUUAACCGUCGGAAUCCAAGAAUUGGAAAAGUCGAAGAUUUAAUAAACAACGAAAAUUUUGACGACACUUUAACUAUAUUCGAUGUAGACCCUUUUAACAAAACAAAGGUGAAAAUAUUAACAAUUUUUGGAUCCGAUCUACCAUUAAAAGACUUUAGAUCAUCCGGUCAAGAAUUAAUUAUUAAGUUCAAAUCACACAUUAUAAAUGGGCCAUUUCGUAUGAACAACACAAAAGCAAAAUUUUUAAUGUCAUAUCACACCGAGUAUAUUGAUUGUGAUAAAGUUUAUGAAGCUGAAAGUGGUGAAAUAACCAAUACUCUCUAUAAUAGUAUAAGUUAUGAAGGAGUGCAUUGUUCUUAUAUGAUUAAGGUACCCAAAGGACGUAGAAUUACAAUAGAAAUAAUCAAAGGAAACUCGCUCGCUUUAACUUGUGAAAAGAAUUAUUCUCCAGAAAAUAUGUUUAAAGAAAAACUCAAAGUUUUUCAAGUAAUAAGAUUAACUUCUCAUAAUAUUCGGAAUAUUGCAUGCAUUGACCCUUUUAUUAAUCCUUUAUCAUUGAACUAUAUGUAUGAAUCAAUUUCAAACGAUAUUAUAGUGAUUCAUCAAAGUGAAAAAGGUAAUACAAAUGGUUUUCGGCUAAAAUUCUCAUCAGACAAACCUGCAAUUUGUGGAGGUAUAAUAGAUGCCAGCAUCAAAGGUAGAUUAGAAUUUCCAAUUAGAAAUUUAACCAAGGGUUAUUGCCAAUGGGAUCUUACAAACACAAAUGGAACAAUUAUAAUAUCAACAAAUUUUAAAGUUAACGAAAACCAGUUGAGUUGCAAAGAUGAAAAUAAUUAUAUCUUACUGGCUACUGAUGAAGACGAUAGUGUAUUACUAAAAAGGUAUUGUCCAAUAUCAAAUACGAACGACAAGUUUACAAUUUUAAGUCCUAUGCCUAUGGUUAAACUUUUGGUUUUAACAGCUUUAAGAAAAAUUAACUUCACAGGGAUUAUUGAUUACAACGUUAAUUCAUGUGGUGGAGAAAUAAAUGGACAAAAAAUUACAAUAACCAGUUCUAAUUAUCCUAAAAAUUUUGGUCAAAAUUUAAAAUGUGCAUGGUAUUUAAAACUUCCAGAAGGUAACAAUGUUAAUAUACGUUUUAAUGAUAUUGAUCUCGAUCCAUCAUGUGAUAAUAAUUAUGUCAUGAUAUAUGAUGGCCCUAGUCCUGAAAGUCCUUUACUUGGAAAAUAUUGUGAUAACAUUUUACCGGAUAAUUUAAUAGCUGUUUCAAACGAAUUAUGGGUUGUAUUUUCAUCUGAAAAUGAAAAAAGUAACAGGAGAGGGUUUAAUUUAACUUUAGAAUCAAAUCAAAAUGGUUGUGGAAAUAUGUAUUUUAUGGACAAAGGAGAAUUUUCUACUAGAAAUUAUCCAAACUUAUAUCCAAACAACGAAGAAUGCGAGUGGACUAUAGCAGUAUUCCCAGGAAACAGAAUCAGUUUGCAAUUUAUUGAACGUUUUAAUCUGGAACAAAGUGUAAAUUGUACUAAAGAUUAUGUGCAAAUUUUUGAAUUCAUAAAUGAUAUUUGGAUUCCACUUGGAAAUCGAUUGUGUGGUCGUCAAAUUCCACCACAAUUCAACUCAUCUGAAACAAAACUCAAAAUUCGUUUACGAACUGAUAAUGAUAUACAAGGUGAUGGCUUUAAAAUCAAGUGGAAUAGUUUUUGUGGUGGAGUUUUUACUCAAAAUAUCGGUAAAAUUAUUUCCCCUAACUAUCCAAAAGUGUAUCCGAAUAAUAUAGAAUGCAACUAUACAAUAACGGCCCCCGGAGAAGAAAUAAAAUUAAUUUUUAAUUCGUUUGAAAUGGAAGAUCGGAGAUGUAUAUAUGACAAUUUAACAAUAUACAACAAGGCAGGUGUGUUUGACGAUCAAACAAAAUAUUUCGUUGGCAUAUAUUGUGGGAGUAACGUACCACAUCCAAUGACAUUUGCGGAUAGUGUCAUGAUAAUAUUCAAGACGGACGAUUAUCUUACCUAUAGUGGAUUUGAAAUACAAUAUGCGAUUCAAAAAUGUGGAGGAGAAAUUACAAGCCCGGGAAUUAUUAAAUCCCCAUUAGCUAUUGACGAACUGUUUGGUACUUCUAAAUAUCCGGAUAACGCAAAUUGCACUUGGAUUAUACGAGCACCACCAGACCAAGUUGUACAACUUGUAUUUACCAAAUUUCACUUGGAAAAUUUUCCAUUUUAUAAUUCGUAUUUGGAUGAAACAUCACAAAAAUGUUAUUAUCAUAGUGAUUUAGUCGUCGCUAUCGAUGAGACAGAUUUGAAUAGUAAUAAUUCUCAAGAAGCCGCCUUAUUUUGUGGAGUUUUAGAUACAAAGUUACCAGAAUUUUUAUCGAAAACCAAUACGGUGUAUCUACAAUUUGUUAGUGAUUAUUCGAGAAGCGGCGAAGGAUUUGAGGCCGAAAUUAAAUUUACUUAUGGUGAAUCCCAUGGUUGUGGAGGUACUAUAAGGUUAAAUCAAUUAAAUAAUACGUCUAAUUAUACAUUAAAUGCUCCAAACAUAACUGUGAAAACUGAUUUGGAUUGUGGAUGGUUAAUAUUAGUAAAGCCUUCACAUAUCGUACAAAUGCAGGUGAUCAGUUACACAGAAAUACCAAAAUGUUCUUCAAACACAUCUAACUGUUUAUGCAGUUCUAUUCAGUUUUAUGAUGGUCCUGGACGUUCAGCAUUCAAAAUCCGUCAAUACUGCUCAGGAAAUGUAGACUAUCCUACAUUAUUAUCGUCUGGUAGUAAAGCAUUUAUUAGAUAUUCAAGCAUUGCUUCAGACGCAGAUAUACGUUUUGAGAUAAAAAUAACACCAGUGAUAUCGAUUUGUGGUCCGAAUGUAUUGGCUGUGACCAACCAGUCACAAGUAUUAACGUCUCCAAAUUAUCCAUUACCUUAUGUGAACGAUUUAAUUUGUACAUGGGAUUUACAAUUGGAAUCUUUUAGCCAAUCUCUUAUGUUACGAUUCACGGAUUUGAAUUUAGAGAACACCAUUGACUGUUCAUCUAAUUAUUUGGAAAUAAAAUACUUGCCGUGGAUUAAAUCGUCUUACAAUACUAUUCGUGUUUGCCACGAAAAUCAUGUAUUUGAUAUACAAGUUGAACAUUCGAAAGUAACUAAAUUGAUACUACACACAGUAGUCGAUCAAAAAAUACCAAAAGGCUUUAGAUUAGAGUAUAUGACCAAAAGAUGCCCAAUAACAUAUACAAAACGUUAUGGAUACAUUCAUCAUAAAUAUGAUCAAAUAAUACCAAUGGGAGAAGAAUGUAUAUUCAUGAUAAACUUAGCUCAAUCAAAUUUAACAAUUUCUUUAUAUAUUACAACGUUCAUCUUUAUGGGACCACCGUCAUCAAAUAUGUCUAAUUACUUAAAGAUUUAUGAUGGGCCGUCUGUAUUAUCACCACUAAUAAAAACUUUGAACAAUACCAUUUCAAUUCCUCUACCUGUAUUUUCAACAGGUUCAUCGUUGACGAUAGCGUUUAAAACAUCAGACAAAUUUAUUGGGAUAUUGGAUAUGAGUUAUACUUCGACGGAUCAAGGUAGAGGUUGUGGUGGAAGAAUGUUUAAUAUGGAUGGCACGAUUGUAAGUCCAAUGUUUCCUAUGGUAUACAAUAAGAACUCAACAUGCAGGUGGGAUAUCACGGUUCCUAGACCAUAUUCUAUUACGAUUCAGUUUAAAGUGUUUAACCUUGGUUCAAGAACGACAUGCAACACUGAUUAUUUAGAAAUGUACAACGUCGAUCAAAAAACGGGAAUGUCGUCGUUUGUUUCAAAAUACUGUGGCGGAGAUACUCCAGCAAUUCACACCAGCGAAACAGGAGCAGUUUUCGUUCGUUACGUGACAAGCACAUACAACACCGGCACGGGUUGGAUAUUGCACUUUAAUGAAAAAAGUUAUCCUUAGAAUAGUGAUAUAUUGUUUAUAAAUUAUCU